AUAAUAUGUUAUUCAACUCUUCAAAUAUUGUCAAUACAUCAAGGAGGCAUUUAUCAAAAUCUGCUCGAAAUUUAACAAUAAUCGCGGAAGUAAAAAAUGAUAAUGCAUCAGAAAAGCCAUUACUAUGGCAUCAAGCAAAACCAUAUUCUGAAAUUCCGGGGACAAAAACGACUUUGGAAAAUAUAAGAAGUUUCUUACCAGGGGGUAAAUUAUACAACGUGUCAUUAAAAGAUCUUCACCAAACAAUGAAUAAGGAGUAUGGAGACUUAGCAAAAUUGAAAGGAUUUCUUGGAAAACCAGAUUUUGUAUUUGCAUUUAAUCCCAAAGAUAUUGAAAAGGUCUAUCGUAAUGAAGGACUGUGGCCUAAUAGAAGAGAAUUCCAAGUUUUUGCAUAUUUUCGAAGAAAUAUUCGACCUGAUAUUUAUGGUGACAACGCUGGUCUUCUUGUAGAACAUGAAGAAAAAUGGAAGGAAUUACGAGGAAAAGUCAACCCUGUUAUGAUGCAACCGAGAGUAGUCAAACAAUAUAUCAAAUCAGUAGAGGAUGUUUCUGACGAUUUUAUCUCAAAGAUGGCGCAGAUGCGAGAUUCAAAUCAAGAAUUGCCCAGCAAUUUUAUUAUUUAUUUGAACAAAUGGGCUUUGGAAUCUAUCAGCAGUAUUGCUUUGGAUACCAGAUUAGGAUGUUUAGAAGAUAGCGCUGAUAAAAAUUCUGAUUCUGAAAAAAUGAUUCGGAGUGUGCACGAUUUUUUCGAAAUGACUUUUAAGCUGGAAUUUUUCCCAUCGUUAUGGAAGUAUGUAUCCACACCCGGUUUUGUUAAAUUGAUGAAUGCUUUAGAUACAAUUACAAAUAUAUCUCUGAAAAAAGUUGAUGAAGCUGUAGAACGAAUCAAAAAUAAUCCUAAUGCAAAACCAGAAUCAGAAGCAAGUGUUUUAGAGAAACUUCUCAAAAUUGAUAAAAAAGUUGCUGUAGUAAUGGCCAUGGAUAUGUUGUUAGCAGGAGUUGAUACUACAUCAAAUAGUACAGCAUUUUUGCUGUAUUUCCUGGCUACGAAUCAAAAAUGCCAAGAUAAACUACGUGAAGAAAUCAGAACAAUUCUGCCAAAUAAGGAUUCACAUGUAAAUAACGAAUCAUUUCACCAUUUGCCGUAUUUGAGAGCUUGUAUGAAAGAGUCGAGUAGAAUAUUGCCAAUAAUUGGAGGCACUGUUAGAAAAGUGCCAGUCGAUAUUGUUUUAUCAGGAUACCAAAUUCCGAAGGGGACCGAGGUGGUUCUAAGUCAUCUUACUACAUCAAUGAAAAGCAGUCAAUUCCCUGAACCUGAAAAAUUCAUGCCAGAACGAUGGCUGAGCAGCCAGGAAUCAGAAGGAUGUCCUUUAGCAAAAAAUGCUCAUCCAUUUUCGCACAUGCCAUUCGGCUUUGGGCCUCGCAGCUGCGUUGGGAAAAGAUUUGCAGAUUUGGAAAUGGAAACUUUUAUAAUGAAGUUACUUAGAAAUUAUAAAAUUGAGUGGAAUUAUGGUGAAUUGAAAGUAACGACAAAACUUGUCGCUCAUCCAGAAACACCACUGAAGUUUAAAUUAACUGAAAUAGUUUUGUUUGUGAAAAUUACAACGUUAAGAAUGUUUACUUUAAAUUCUUCACAUUUUACUAAAGCUGUUAGUUGUGUUUCUUUGGAAGUAACACGUUUAUCAAAUACAAAUAUUUCAAGAGCAGCAAGACAAUUGGCAACCUUAACAGAAGUGCAAAAAGAAAAUGUACAGGAAUCACGGAUAUCAUGGAGCGAAGCAAAACCGUUUUCAGAAAUACCUGGUCCAGAAUCUGCUUUGAAAAGUUUGCGGAACUUUUUGCCAGGAGGAAAAUUCCAUAAGGUGGCCUUAAAAGAAAUGCAUGUAAUGAUGAACGAAGAAUACGGGGAUAUAGUCAGAUUUAAAGGAUUUCUAGGAAAAAGUGAUAUGAUUAUAUGUUACGAUCCGAAAGAUUUUGAACAUGUUUAUCGAAACGAGGGUCCAUGGCCCCAUAGAAGAGAAUUUGAAACAUUUAGACACUUCAGAAAAGAUUUACGUCCUGAUGUAUAUGGUGAUAAUGCUGGGCUUCUCGUAGAACAUGGUGAAAAAUGGAAAGAACUACGAGGAAUGGUAAAUCCCGUCAUGAUGCAACCCAGAGUGAUCAAACCAUACGUAAAACCUGUGGAAGAAGUAGCAGAAGAAUUUAUAGAAAGAAUAAUUCAGCUACGUGAUUCAAAGAACGAAAUGCCAAAUAAUUUCCUAAACGAAUUGAACAAAUGGUCUUUGGAAUCAAUUGCACGUAUUUCCUUGGAUUCAAGAUUGGGUUGUUUAGUAGAUGACUCCAAGUUAAAUUCAGAUUCCAAAAAAAUGAUACAGGCGGUGCACGAUUUUUUUGAAUGUUCGUUUAAAUUAGAAGUUCUUCCAUCACUUUGGAAAUAUAUCAGAACACCAAAUUAUACCAAAUUGAUGACUGCACUAGAUACAAUGACUAACGUAUCAUUGAAGAAAAUUGAUAAAGCAGUAGAACGUAUCAACAGUAAUCCAGAUUCCAAACCAGAAUCAGAAAUGACAAUUCUAUUAUAUCUUCUUGCUAAAAAUCAAGCAUCUCAAGAAAAAUUACGAGAAGAAAUUCUAACAAUACUGCCCAAUAAAGAUUCCAAAUUAACAACCGAAUCCUUUAAUAAAAUUCCCUAUUUGAGAGCUUGUAUGAAGGAAGCAAAUAGAGUGUUGCCGAUUGCCGGAGGCACAAUGAGGAAGAUACCAGUUGAUCUUGUUUUAUCAGGAUAUCAAGUACCCAAAGGAACUGAAGUGAUCAUGAGCCACAUAACUACAACUGCCAGAGAAAGCCAAUAUCCGAACCCUGACCAAUAUCUUCCAGAACGUUGGUUAACCGGUGAGGCUUCUCAAGGUUGCCCUUCUGCCAAGAAUGCCCAUCGGUUUGUCUACAUGCCCUUUGGAUUUGGGCCAAGAAGUUGCGUUGGGAAAAGAUUUGCAGAUUUGGAAGUCGAAACAUUAAUCGCUAAGUUGCUUAGAAAUCAUAAAGUCGAAUGGAAUUAUGGAGAAUUGAAAGUCGAAACAAAGCCAUUGACGAAUCAAAUUUAA